AUGAAUUCUCAUUUAUACCAGAUUAAUCGGUUAAUCUUACAAAGAGAAUUAACAAUUCCAAAUUAUUUUCUUGGUUUUCAGAUUCACUCUUGCAAAUAGUGGAUAGGGAUAUACAAUAUUGUGUAUAAAUAAGCAGCAAAAGAUUUUACACAAAGGCUACUUCAAAUCAGAAUCAAGUGAAAAAAAUGGAUGGUAAUGUUUCUAACCCUAACUCACCAUUCAGAAACUUGUCACUCUUUGGCAAUGCCACCAACUGGGAUUUCUUGGACGAACUUCUGUAUCAAGAAACUUCUCAGUCUACCAUUAUCUUUGAACCCUCACUGCCUAUGCCUUCUGCAACAAGUAACCUGAAUUUAAACAUAUAUUACGAUCCCGAAGAGACCGAAAGAUUUCCAAUGGAAAUCACAGAAUUAGACAGCGGACGGCGGGUUUCAGAACCCGUGAUAGAUAGAUUACUGAAAGCUCUUGAGUACUUGAAAGAUGGUAGUAAAGAUAGGGAUGUACUGAUUCAAAUAUGGAUGCCAGUAAAUAAAGGUGGAAGAAACUUCCUUACUACUAUUGAUCAGCUUUUCUUUGUUAGUUCUGAUUGCAAGAAUCUUGAAUUCUACAGAAAAGCUGUGCAAGGUUAUCAAUUUUCUUUAGAGGGGAACAUAGGGUUUCCUGGCCGGGUGUUCUUGGAGAAAUUGCCCGAUUGGAGUGGCGAUGUUCGCCUAUUUCGAGACGAUGAAUAUCCAUUCGGAAUUCAAGCAAGUAAGUAUAAAAUUAGUGGCUGUAUUGCUGUUCCGGUUUUAGAACCGAAUAGUGGAGCUUGUUUAGGUGUUGUCGAGGUCGUGACUGUAGCUGAUUGGAAAAUGAACUAUCGUUCAGAAUUGGAAGAUGUUUGCAAUGCUCUUGAGGCUGUUGAUCUAAAAAGUUCUGUUGACUUCUGUCGUCCUGGUCUCAAGGUCAUAAACGAAUUCUACCAAGUCGCCAUUCACGAAAUCUCCGAAAUUCUGCAACAUGUAUGUCACAAAUACGGGUUGCCUUUAGCCAUAACAUGGGCACCAUGUAAUCGACAAGGAAAAAGUGGAAACGAUGAGCUUUUCGCUGAGAAAUACUCUUCUUGUAUUUCCACAGUAGAUCCUGCUUGCUUGUUAGCUAAUGUGGAUUUUUCAGGUUUUUAUAAGGCAUGCUUUGAGAACUACAUUUUCCUCGGACAAGGAAUUGUUGGUAGAGCUUUCUCAAAACAGAAACAGUGUUUUUCAGCUGACAUAACUGAAAUGAGAUCGGAUCCUUUGUCUCAUCAUGCUCGUAACUUCGAUUUGCAUGCUGCAAUUGCAUUUCCGCUUCGGGAUGUUUAUACUGGAUCAGUUGAAUUUUGUUUGGAGUUAUUCUUGCCGGAAAAACAUCGUGGGAUUCAAGAACAAAGGCGACUUUGGGAUGUUUUGUCCGUCUCUAUACAGAAACGUUGCCGGAGUUUAUCUAUCAUUCUCGACAAGGAUGAGCUCGUGGCUGAAAGUUUUGAUUCUAAUUCAUCUUGGAUUGCCCGUAUGAUGGAAGCUCAAAGAAAUGGAAAUGGUUGUUGUGUGUCGUUGGAUAGCAAGAGCGAAGAGCCUGAAGAAGAAUUUAAGAUGAUAAUUAGUUGGGAUGAUUCUAAGUCAGAGUUGAGACAAUUGCAGAAAACUUCUCGGCUGCCCAAGAAUUAUAGAAUUGAUGGUGAUGUAGCUUCUUCUACGCGGACUACACGUCGCAAGCAACGUAGAAAAACCGGAGAGAAGAAACGGAUCAGCUUAGAAGUUCUUCGACAACACUUUGCUGGAAGCCUUCAAGAUGCUGCUAAAAAUAUUGGCGUGUGCCCUACUACUUUGAAGAGGAUAUGCAGGAAGAACGGUAUUGCCAGAUGGCCCUCUCGAAAGAUUAAGAAGGUGGACCACUCGUUAAGAAAACUGCAAAAAGUGAUCGACUCUGUUCAAGGAAAUGAGAGCUCUAUUGAAAUAAGCUCAUUCUAUUCGGCCUUCCCGGCAUUGAGCUCUUCAAAAUAUUCAAAUAAUGAUGAACUAUUAGUAGAGAGUGUAGACGAUUUGAAGCAAUCAAACCCUCGGCCUGAAAGUCCAGACACGAAGUCACAUUCUUCCUCGUGUAGCAAGGACUCCUGCGUAACUACGUGUUGUUCUGCUCGAUCAAAAAAGCACAGUAGAAACAUGAAUGAUUCAAGUGAAGUAGAAUUCAAAAAACAAGAACUGAACAUUCCUGCCAGAUCGCUAGUACACGAAACAUUGAGCAAACGUGAUUCGAAUCCGGUAAAUCCAGCACCGUGUUCUGUCUUCAAAAAUAGCCAAAGCUCACAAGACGAGUGGCCAUUCAGGAUCAAAGCCAUUUUGGGCGAUGAGAAAAUUCGGUUAUGCAUGCAACCAAGUUGGAAGCUUAGUGAGUUGAAGCAAGAGAUGGCAAACCGUUUCCAGAUAGAUGAUUUAACAGGAAUUGAUCUCAAGUACUUAGAUGAUGAUGAAGAGUGGGUUCGUUUGAACUCUGAUGCUGACCUUGAAGAGUGUAAACAGAUAUAUAGAUACUCUCCAAGUAAUUCAAUCAAAAUAUGGUUAAUUCGUUAGUAUAACAACUACUAACAGAUAUGAUCGAGUGGAGGGUUAAAAUAUAUCGCAGUUACCGAACUAUAGGCAUUUAACACUUCAGUAACCAACAUUUUAUUUAUUACAUUUUGCCAUUUUGGUAAUCCAACUUUUAUUUUCGUUA